UUAAAAUUUUCUAACAAGGGUGUGUGGGUUUGUUUCUGGACUUCAACUGGGGAAUCUUGAGGAUGAGUUUGCCCCAGAGGAGAAAUUUAGAGAACCUUACCGUCAGCUGCCCAUUUAAAGCAGGGGGUGUGUUGUGCGAUGGGGGUGGGAGGUUGGAGCAACAGGGCCAGGAGGUGUGGGAGCGGGAGACACUAGAGUACCCUAUGUGCACAGUCUCUCCAUAUACCAUGUGCUGGUGCGCCUGCUAGUAAUCGACGACAUUAGGCAAGAGAAACAGCGGCUCCUCAAGUCCUGCCCAAAGACCGUCCAGAAACCCAAGCCUCCGGUCGCCUUCUCGCCGCCUCCGCUGGGAGUUGCAGAUCAGUUCAAGUUGACGGACAGGAGGCGAAAUGUGCAAAUGUUUAUGGAUGCCCCACUGAAGCAGGUCCUUUUGGUGACACCAUUUUCUAUCUAAAUGAAGAAAUGGAGGCAUGGAAGCUCCUUGUGAACAUAACCUGGGGAUACAUAAUAUUGGACUUCAUCUACAUCUUAAUAUCAUAUAAAAAAUCUGAGAAGCAUUAUAGUAGAAUCAUUAAGAGCAUUGACUUUGAAGAAAAAGAGACUUUGGAUUCCACUUUCUGGCUAUGUGAUCUUGGUCCUGAAAGCUGGGAAGUCCAAGAUCAAGAUGUCAGAAGAUGCAAUAUGUGGUGAUGCCCUGCUUCCUGGUUCAUAGAUGGCCAUCUUCUCCCUGUGUCCUCGCGUGAAUGAAGGAGCCAAGGAGCUCUCUCAGUUUUAUCUGUAUGGAAAAGGAGCUCUGGUUGCUUUGGCCAAGACUUUUCAGUAGGAAAUACUUCAAAAUACAAAGCAAGAGCUAUUUUCAAGAAAGAUCUUCUAAAUUUAUAUUAGGUUGACAUGAUGAAAGAAGCAUUAGAAAAACUUCAGCUCAAUAUAGUAGAGAUGAAAGAUGAAAAUGCAACUUUAGAUGGUGGAGAUGUUUUAUUCACAGGCAGAGAAUUUUUUGUGGGCCUUUCCAAAAGGACAAAUCAACGAGGUGCUGAAAUCUUGGCUGAUACUUUUAAGGACUAUGCAGUCUCCACAGUGCCGGUGGUAGAUGGCUUGCAUUUGAAGAGUUUCUGCAGCAUGGCUGGGCCUAACCUGAUCGCAAUUGGGUCUAGUGAAUCUGCACAGAAGGCCCUUAAGAUCAUGCAACAGAUGAGUGACCACCGCUACGACAAACUCACUGUGCCUGAUGACAUAGCAGCAAACUGUAUAUAUCUAAAUAUCCCCAACAAAGGGCACGUAUUGCUGCACCGAACCCCGGAAGAGUAUCCAGAAAGUGCAAAGGUUUAUGAGAAACUGAAGGACCAUAUGCUGAUCCCCGUGAGCAUGUCUGAACUGGAAAAGGUGGACGGGCUGCUCACCUGCUGCUCAGUUUUAAUUAACAAGAAGGUAGACUCCUGAGCUUCAGAGUCCUCCCUGGUAGGCGGCAAGACCGCACAGGCAAGGCCGAUGACUCUGUGCCCACUCCCGUUGUUUUUCUUGACAAUCUACUGUGCCACUGUGCUACUAACUCUUGUUUACAAAAUUUGAUUCUAAGUUGAAUUGCUUCAUUCAGCACCCCCACCCUCCCUCCUCUCCCGGUGGUACCUAAGCUGUGGAUUUGCUAAAUGAAUUAAGCAACCUAGAAGAUAUAGAGCUAAUGAAUUAUCAAAAUGUGAUUAAUCAUAGUAAGGAAACACUCAUUUAGUGUUUGUAUUAUUGGUGUGAAAAUUAUUUAGUUGUCAGUAUAUUCUGAAGAAUGUCUUCUUGAUCAGUCAGAUAAGCUUGUUUGUUUUGUUUUUUUUUCCCUCUAUAUCAUGAAUCAUGUUUGGUUCCUGUGAAAUUCCCUGGUCCAGGGAUCCUCUUUUCUCUUUUACUUCUGAAUUUCAGUUAGUUACUUUUGCCUUUCGCUCUUCUAUCACAGCCCCCUUGACCUUGGGUAAAACCCAAGGUCUUUCCUUCUGGCUACCUUCCUGCAGGUCCACCCUGUCUGCCAUUGUUCUCCUCUGCCUCUGACUACAUCUACCACCAACAACCCUCCCCUCACCCCUGCCAGGGGCAGACAGGCUCCUCAGCAGAACUGUGACUGAAAUCAGCGCUGCUGUCUGGGGCAGUGUUAACUACACAGAGGCAUAUCCUGGCAGGGUUUGCCCCUGAGAUCUAAAUUCCAGAAGUAGGGCACCACACCUAGGAAGGUAAAUCCAGUAUCAGUAAGUUGCUAAGACAUUAAAGAUCAAGAAGCUUGGAAACAUCCCACGGGAACAAUGUCUUUGAAAGUCUUCAAGUCACAUACCCUGAAUUUUUGCUUCAUUACUGACCAUAUAUGACCUUGGAGGAACUCUUUUUUUUUUUUUUUUUUCCCCUUCAACUCAUUUCCGUUUCCACCUACCCUGACUCACCCUGUUUCCAGUCUUCUACCCUUUGCAGUUAUCCUGGUCCAGCAAAGUCAUUUCUUUCAAAAGAGACAUCAUGUCUGAAAAUGAUUACUGGUAGUCCAAUAUGAGCCAGAGUAAACAGCUCCUCAUGGUCAAUGAACAUGUUCAGGAAGCGAUCACCUUGAUGCUUGAAAGCAACCCCAGACAGUGGACAAUUCUACUUUGAAAUAUCUGUGAAUAUUUACUGUGGAAUCCAAUUUAAAUUUCUUCUCUAGCCUUUAAAUUACACAACUUUCAACUGACACAGGUCUGUUAUGAAGAACAAUGGGGCACUGAAGGAAGAGAUGAUUCCUUUACUCAAACCUGCAGGAAUCAGCCUAUUAACAGGCAGGGGAAACGGUACUUUCCAAGGAAUGGUAACUGAUCCAGGCACGUUAUCACACUUCCUAGUCAUCUCCACCUUUCCUGUAUUGCCUGUGGCUUGUUGUUUAAGAUUAAGAGUCAAAGAGAUUAAGAAAUAUCACUUCAAGUCUUGCUCUGCUCACCUCUAUGUUUGCAGUCAAAGAUUCCUUAUGUUGGUGACCUAAAGAGAAUUACUUUCAUUCAUUUCCCCUGUAGCAGAUGGAAGUGAGAAACCUCUGAGAAAAUGAAAACAUCCUUAACCACUAUCUUUCUCUUUUAUUUGAUUAUUUUAUGCCAGAAAUUUGUAAAAGUUUUUUCUCCUCCUUCUCUUCCUUGUUGCUUAACUUUUUAAUUCAUGCCAUAUGCAGAUAGCCAAUUAUGUGCAUCCUGUGAAUAAACCACGUCUUGGUCACUGUCAUGUUUUGAACCAUCUCAUGAGAGAUGAAUAAUAUCUUUUUACCAGGGAGAGAAUGAAUGUUAGCCACAUGCCCAAGUUAAGAUAGAAAAAAUGUUCUCAGCAGUCAAGGUUGCCCUUUUGGGUUAAAUCUGGCCCUUCCUUGGCAAAAGCAAAAAUUCUCCCUGUGAGAGCUCAACAUCUCAAACACAACCACAGGAAAAAUGGCCCAGUCAGCCAGUUUAGGCUUACCAGCGUAUAAUUUUUAAUAUCUUUACUUCUGCCAUCCCAAAUCAAAGAACUCUUCUCUAUUAUGUUUAAUCAAUUGCAAGCAAAUGGAUUUUUCUUUGUAACAAUUUGUUCUGCAGAAGACUGUUUUUCACUUUUCCUUUCUUUUGCUUCUGUCUGUCUUUCCUUCUUUGUCUGGAGAAAUCACUUAGACUCUGUGUGCCUCUUCUGCAUUACAUUCUGCUCUGCUACAUUACCCGCUAGGCUGGCUUCUUUGGACUCCCUAUGUGAUUGAUGAUGUGAAAACCUAAAUUACUUGCAACAUAGUGUUACUUCUUUGAUGUUCUCAUUAGCAUAAUGUUAUUUUUGAAAAGGAAAGAUACUAUCACAUAAGUUUUCCUCACAUCCAUUGUGAUAUACACCAAUGGAUAAACUAACAGAAACUGCUUUUUGACAUUAAAAGACAUGAGAAAUUAUAUUUAACUAAGUAAAAGUUAAGUCAGAAUUACUUGGGUGAUGUGAUUCAAUUUAGUUAAAGGAUGAUAAAGAGAAAAUACAUUAUUUAGCAUUAUUUCUUCAGCUAUAAUGAAUUGCUAUAGAAAUCAGGCAGAUCUUUCUAAUGUGUAUUGAUUGGUCUUUGCAGCUACUGUGAACAGAUUACUAAGGCCAUCUCCUCAUCUCUAAGGGAGAAAAAUAGUCUGUAGAUGAAUAAUGUAAGGUAAAGAGCUGCAUGUAAGUCUUUGUAAUUAUUUACUCUUUAACAUUCUCCAGAACUCAGACAUGAUUUCAACAUGGUGUUAGAUUUGUGCAUUUUAUUUUCCUGACCACCUCAUUCCAGUCAAUGUAUGGUUAUCCACUCUGUGUGCCAAAACCAAUCAUGCCUUUCACGGCCCUUUAGUUCAGAGAAGUUCUGCACUGAUUUUUAGUCUCUUGCUGUCUCAAUCUUACAUGUAUACCAAUCACAAUGGAAUAAAAUGUGAGUUGUACUGUGA